AUGGACUUUCAGAGUGCUCUGGAGACUUUCGCGGAAGCAUGGGCAGUAGCCAACACUGUCAAAUCGGGGACUCACAGCAAUCAAUCACAGAGUUUGUCAUCGGAGAUGCGACGCAGCAAGUCGCCACCGCGGCGAUCGCCCGGAGAACGCUCAGUAUCCCGCCCGCCCUCCGCCCCGGUGCACCACGAGCGACCCUCCCUCACUCCACACACUCCUCACCUUUCACCCAAGAAAGAACCCUUCAACAACCUACUUAAUAAAGGAGUUACAGGUAAAACUCUGCCAAUUCACUGCGUAGUGGAGGCUGUUGGGUCUUUAGAAGAGGGAGUUUGGAGAAGACGUGCGGUUGUGGAGACCGACAGCUAUGUGAUCAUACCCUCGACCACGGCCUUCCACGAACUUGUACCAGCUGCCAUGAUGAGACUUGGCUAUCCCCACGAAUUGGUAGCUUGCGCUAAAGGUUCGGUGGUACUCAACAACUGGAAGCCACUACCUUUAGACCACAUAUCUGAUGGGCCAAUGACGACCGUUGGAGAGGUACUUGGAGAGCUCACAACUGUAGCGACCCUGAGGAUCCAGUUACUAAGACCUAGGCCGACUCCGCUCCAGGACAUCAAAGAUAAGAUGCUGAGCCUGUUACUAGUGCAAAGCAGACCGUUGCUUAUUUCCACUGGAUGCCCUUUAGACGAGGUGACACUGACACAAAUAUGUCGCGGUCAGGAUAGAUCAUCCGGUCCGCAUAACUUUCAUGAACCGAGUGAAGAAACUCGUCGUAAAUUUGAGUCAUGGUGGAGUGCUCAAGUUUCUCCGCGUCCUCCUCCAUUUAGCCCUCGGCGCUAUCCAUCCCCUAAAAAUCGUUCACCCAAUAUGGCCACCCUCCCAGACCAUUUACAUCCAGCAUUACAAACUGUUCAGAAUCAAUAUCCAACUCAAAAAACGAGGAUGAGGACAAGUUUUGAUCCAGAACUAGAACUGCCAAAGCUACAGCGCUGGUUUUCCGAGAACCAACAUCCGAGUAGACAACAAAUUCAACAAUAUGUACGAGAAUUAAACAAUUUAGAAUCAAGGCGUGGAAGAAAACCGUUAGAUGUUAAUAAUGUUGUUUAUUGGUUUAAGAAUGCUAGAGCAGCUCAAAAACGUGCCGAACUACGCAAUAUUAGUGGGCUCGGAGGACAUUUAGGGGUGAAUGGCUUCAACAGUAGAAGUCAUAGUCCAAGUAAUGGGUCAAUAUUGGUCGGCAAUGACAAUUAUAGUUCUCACGAGCACAGCUCUAUGAAAAGUCCAUUGCAACUGGCAGGUAGUCCUGGACGAUAUCCUAUGUCCGUGAUGUCUGAAGAUAACUUGUCCAAUGCUGGAUCUGAUUUGGAAGAUGAUGGUGGUGAUUUAAAUACAGAUGACAGACCUGAGAGUCCUGAUGCACCACUUUCGCUAAUUACGACGAGGAAGAAUAAUAGCGACGACAGAGAAGAAAAUGCAAAGGAAUCUCCGAAGCCCCCAGAUAUAAUAAAGGUUCACGAUAUAAAACAAGAACCCACAGAUUUGUCUAAAUCAGAAAACAUAUCGUCACCACAGCGAUCUCCAACUCAAAAUAGUGACAGUUUACACAAUAAUAACAAUAUUAAUAAUACAGAGAAAGAAAACGGCGGCGGUGACGAUGCAGAUAUAGCUUCUGAUGACGAUGUUGUUCAAGAGCGUGAUUAUCGACAAUCUUCACCACAUCUUGAUCGUUUACCAUUUCCUAUGGUUCCAAACCAUCCUAUGUUCGGCCAUGGCAUUAUGUACAUGAGUCAGUACAUUGGUGGUUUUCCUGGCGUAGGAGGCGUUCCUACUGAAGGAGCUAGCGGAUUAAAUUUAGCUCUGGCUGGAGCAUCUGAUGAGCGACGCAAACGUAAUCGCACAUUCAUAGAUCCAGUAUCAGAAGUCCCUGUUUUGGAACAGUGGUUCUCGAUGAAUACCCAUCCCUCUCACAACUUGAUACUUAAAUACACCGAAGAGUUAAACAGAAUGCCGUAUAGGCAAAAAUUUCCUAGGCUUGAGUCAAAAAAUGUGCAGUUUUGGUUUAAAAACCGUCGAGCAAAAUGUAAGAGACUGAAGAUGUCUCUAUAUGAACCACCUUCUCCAGGACAUUACUCUCAUCCUGGACAUCAUGCUCUUGCAGAAAGAAAAAUGGUCUGAAAUUUUAAAUAUUCUACUUCUACAUUUUGUGCUUGUGAAAACAAAGAUUACGAAAGACUGAAUACGAAUCGUUUAUGGUAUAAAAGUGCCAUGCUAGGGUGUAAUAUGACGAAUAGUGCACGUUACAAUGUAACAGGGGUUUCUAGAAGGACAUCGGAAUAGUUUACAAAAUUAUUUUAAAUUGAAAUAAAUAAUUGUAAAUUA